AUGACGAGGUUGUCCUAUGUCCCACCGGGGCCUUGAACGCACCAAGGAGUGCAUUCCGCUGGGAUUCGAACGGGUGACGUGUUUUUGUUUUUCUCGUCAAGUUUGGUUCGCACGGUUUUGCGGACAUACCGACGCACUGACGGCUUUCGAGCCGAGUUGGGACACGAGUUUGCUUUGCUUUUUGCCUUUCGGCACCAACAAUGUCCGAAGAAAAAGAACAGCUGGCGACGGCUUCGGGAAGCGAGCGAGGCGGAGCGUCGGCGAACCCCGGGGCGGUUUGUAGCGUGUGUAAACGCUUGUACCGGGAGCCGAAAAUCCUUCCGUGCCUGCACACCUUCUGCCUGGACUGCAUCCGCCAGCUGGAGCCCUUCUCGGUGGGCGCCCGCGGGGACGGAGGAGCGACGACGAACGAGGAGGCGAAGGCGAACGCCGCACGCGUCCGCGUCACGGUGCUCUGCCCCGACUGCGACUCCGAGGCGGGCCUUCCGCCUUCGGGGCCGAGCGGGCUGAGCACCGACCACCUGGCGCUGGACGAAGUGUUCGCGGAGACCUUGUUAAGCGACGGCCCGCUCGGGUGCGACCUGUGCGGCGAAGGAGGCGCCGGGAGCCGCUGCCGAGUCUGCUGUGUCAACUUGUGCGAGUUCUGUUUGCAGGCGCACAGGCGUCAGACACGGACAGCGUCUCAUUCCAUUCAGAGGUUUGAGGAUCUCAAGUCUCAGGGUCGCCUCUGCCGCCCCGUCCUGUGUGCCCUCCAUCCCGGCCAGGAGUUGCGCCUCUUCUGCAAGCCCUGUGAUGCGCCAGUGUGCCUGGAAUGCGCCGCGUCGCUCCACUCUGAGCACCGCUGCUGCCCCGCCCACGAAGUCAUCGGGUGCCACGGAGACCGCAUCAGGACGCUGGUCACCGUCCGCCUGAGACCUCACCUGCAAAGACUGGAGCAAACACUGCAGAAGGUGGAGGUUUCCCAGGAAGCUUUGCAGACAAGAGUGGAGGCCACAGCCAAUGAGGUGAGGACAUUUGCUCGAGGCUACGCCAGUGCGGUGGAAGCUCACUGCCUGGCCCUGCUGCGUCGCCUGGAGGAGCUUCACCUCCAACGCAGGAACCAACUGCAUGUGCAGAGGGCGCAGCUGCAGCAGGCACUGUCGGACGUCCGGGGAAGUGUGGACUUUGCGGAUAGGCUGCUGAGGUGUGGCUCGGAUGCCAAGAUCCUUAGCGCUAAGGGUGUGACGCUGCGGAGGCUGAGCAGCCUGGUGGAGAGCAGCUCUGAUGACCAGCUGGCGGCGCUCAUCCCCGAUGACGGCGCUGGUAUUCGUUUUGAUCCCCGGGGGCCGGCGAGGGAGGUGAGCGGCUACCCAAUGGUGGGCGUGAUCCAUUUUAAGGCUCUGGACCCCAGCAAGUGCACUAUAGAUGGAGAAGGUCUACAGCAGGCCAAUGAGGGCCAGCGGGCUCACUUUACCCUGGUUUGCCGAGACUCCGCCGAGGACCAGAUGGCACACGGCGGGGAUCACGUCCUGGUCAGCAUCAUUCACAGAGAGAAGAAGAACUGCGUGGUGGAAAGCACAGUGGUGGACAACAACGACGGCUCUUACGAAGUUUCCUACACACCCGACGAAGCCGGAAUCUACUCCGUGUGGGUUUGUGUCAAAGCGCAACACGUGAAGGGUUCUCCAUUUGUUUUGAUUGUGAAGAAGAAGCUGAGGCAUCACGCCGGAGUGUUCCACUGCUGCUCCUUCUGCUCCAGCGGAGGAGCCAAGGAGGCUCGGUGUGGCUGCCCAGGAACGAUGCCCGGAGGAUUUCAAGGGUGCGGUCACAGCCACAAGGGUCAUCCCGGAAAGCCGCAUUGGUCGUGUUGCGGCAGCACCGCGGAGAAGUCCGAGUGUUUACCGGCCGGCGUGAUCCGAGCCGUCUCGGCGGGGAAACACUUGCGCGCCGUGGAGCUCUGAGGGUUGGACAGAGCGGUCCGUGACGGGAGGUCUUGUCUGCUUGACUGAGCUGCCGGUAAGCCGUCUCAAAGUGCCUUUUAUUUUGCAACAGCGCAGCCUUUGAGCUUGAAAUAAUGCAUAUGGGGGGAAUUUAGUUUCUCACAAGUGGAUGACGUUCGUGGCGGGAAAAUACAUUCAUUAUAAGCUGCCACGUGCGAACAAAACUCAAGGUUAAUUCAGGUGUUAUUGCUCCUUGCUAUGUCAUCUUGCCAUUUUCCGUACCGCUUCUCCUCACGCGGGUCGCGACAAACAGUCAUUCACACUUACAUACUGUACAGUAUAUUGUCUAUUAAAUAUUAACACAGUAUUUUAGGAUAUACUUUUUAGGUUUUAGCUGUGUAAAUGCUGCCAAAUGUGCCAUUAUAGUUGGUGCAAAUACUGUAUUUGAUGCCAUGGUUACAGUUUAAAACCUCUCUCUCUUUGCCUUAACAUGAUCACAGUUUCAUAUUUUGAUGACAAGUGUAUUAGAACUAUGAGGAAUUUCUGCAAUAAGGUGCACCUGUUUCUAAAUGCCGCUCGCGCCGUGUCGUAAAUGCUGUUAUUACACACCGUGCAAUCGUCCGAUAGACGUUUUCCACUGAAACAAUCGACAAUGUAAGAAACAAUAAAGUGUAUGGCUUAUGUAUGAUGAAAUACUGUAUUGCUAUGACUGAUAUAAAAAAAAAAAAAAAAAAAAAAAAAAGCAUGAGUUUAGGUCGGUUUUACUUUGACUGGUUCAGUUGUCCGAGACAACUUCGCCUUGAAUCGUGCAUUUGUUCAUUGGUUUACCACCAGGUGGCAGGAGAGAUUUUUUUAUGAAUGUUUUUGUUCACCUCCCUGCCUGCUCCUCCGUCUCUCACUUUACUGUUGACCGCUGUUGAGACAAUAUAUUUCAACUUUUCAAACAUGCGACCUACACCCUUUUGCAACUUGAUUGAGUUCUCUCGGUAUCCUUUUGAGAAGGGAAGUAACAACAAACAACUGAAAUAUGUGGUUGCGCAAGUGUGCACACCCUCUUUCAAUUGGAAUGUGGCUGUGUUUAAAAUUUAGUGGGAAGCAAUCACUUUCUAACCCGUAUUAAAUGGGACUCAUCGCACACGUGAAACCAUUAAAAGGCUGCUGAUUAACUCCAAAUAAAGUUCAGAUGUUCCAGUAACCUUUUCCUGACAUUUUUUGCUUCUUUUUAGCAGAAGCCUGAACGCUGUUGUCUUAAUGCUGACUGCUAUUUUGAACGGUUCAUAAUUCCAUCCGCCUUGACUAAGGCCCCACUUCCAGCUGAACCAAAACAGCCCCAAAGCCUGAUGUUGCUACGCCAUAGGUAGCGUGUUCAUUCGAGGAUGAGCGGCGUUGUGUGAUGGGCAAGAAUUCAACCUUGGUUUUGUCGGACCAUAACAAAAUCUCCCCCGUGCACGUGGUAAAAUGUGUUAUGGGCUGAUGAAACCAAGGUUGAACCUAAAUCAAAAAUGUAUGGGGCAAACACACCACUGCACUGUACAGAGACUUGCGUGGAUUUCCUACUGAAACGUGCUGUACGCUCGGUCAGGGUUAUUGUGUAAAUCUCCAGAUAUUCUCAUUUUAGCAUGAGACGAGAGAGACGGAACACAACCUGAGUCAGAACUUAUCUUUUGUGGCAAAAGGAGAAGCAGUCGCUCUUCUCUCCGCGACCUGGAAUCUUCUGACGUCUGCUUCCCCUGUGCCCACGUUCCAUGACCUUUGAAGGAAUUGUUUGUAAAUCAAGAUGUGGUCCGUGCCUGGAGAUGUGGCGGUUUAUUGCCUUGUGGAAUGUGCAUUGUAGUACUUUUCCAAACUGCUCUUUUUUCCAGUGAACAAGGGUGCUAUCAUCUUAAUGCAGUUACAGCAACACUGUAUUUGUAUGCAAUAAAAUAUACAAUUUUUACAUCAUUUCCCUCCUGUUUAUCAAAUAAAAAUACAUGAUUCAGCAUACUGUCACGUUUCACAAUGAUUUUCAUGACAAUAAUAAUAACAUGUAUUUUAUCAUUGAUGUACCGCAUUUUCACCACCAUAA